AUGAAAAGAUCUGGGAAUAAAAAAAGGGGAGAUGGCAGUAACAAACUGGGGAAAAUGAAAAACCACGUUUCUGAAGAUGAUGAAGUGAAAGAUAGCGACUCUGCCAGUGAUGAAGUGAAAGAUAGCGACUCUGCCAGUGAUGGAGUGAAAGAUAGCGACUCUGCCAGUGAUGAAGUGAAAGAUAGCGACUCUGCCAGUGAUGAAGUGAAAGAUAGCGACUCUGCCAGUGAUGAAGUGAAAGAUAGCGACUCUGCCAGUGAUGAAGUGGAAGAUAGCGACUCUGCCAGUGAUGGAGUGAAAGAUAGCGACUCUGAGAGUGAUAAAGUGUCAGAGAGCUAUGUUAAUAAUUUAUCAGAAAAUGAAGAGAUUAGUCUAGCCGAUAAACAGAUACAGGUAUAUUUCGUGUCAAACAUGCCCAAUGAAAAGUACAAAAUGGAAGACACUAUUUACACAGUUCCAAUUAGUUUUAAAAGAAUUGACUUGUCAAGAAUGAUAAAACAGUUAUUGGAUAUAAAAGAAAAUGUCUCCUUUGAAUUUUUAAUAAAUAAAAAAAUUUUAAGAUCAUCUAUAGAAGAAUUUUUACGAAUUAACAAUAUCCUAUCUGAAGACGUCAUACAGAUAGAAUAUACUCUUUCUAUAACGAAAAAAGAAAGCGCACACAUUGACAAAAUUUCCGAAUGGAUUUCUAAAUUAAUUAUAAUUGAAAAUAAACUAUAUUGUAGUACCUUCGAAGGAAACUUAUUGUGUUAUGACUUGUCUAAUUUUUAUAAAAUAGAUGAAAAGAGAGUAUCUGAUAUGUCCAUAUUUUCAUUUAAUAUAUGUAAAAAUGAGAAAUUAAUUAAUGAUGAUGCAAAUUACAAUGAAUCUAUUAUUGGACAGUCCAAUGGUACUCUAAAGGCAUUUUUAAAUGAAGAGAUAAAUCAAAAAAUAAUAACAAAGGGUGAAUUGUAUUUAGGUAAUCAUGACAAUAUGGUUAAAUCUAUAGCAUUCAAUAAAAACGGAUCAUUAAUUAUAAGUGGAGGAGCAGAUAAUAAAAUAAACCUGUAUGAUAAUUAUGAAAUUAUAGAAAAAUUAAAAGAAUAUAAAUGUGAAAAUAAUACAAAUAAAAGAAAAAUGAAAAAUAUAGUAACGCCAAAAAAGUGUGUACAUAAAGAAGAAGGAGUUAUAACAGACUUGACCUUUUUUGAUGAUAGCCGUUUUUUAUGUACAGGCUUAGAAAAAAAUAUAAAAAUUUAUGAUGCAAAUACAGGAGAUAUAUUUUCAUCUUUUCCAUAUAACAAAGCAAUCAUAUGUAGUAACAUUUUGAAUGAUAAUAUAUUUAUAACAGCAGAUGAACAAUCUGUUAUUAAAUUAUUUGAUGUAAGAUGUUUAAAGGAAAAGCCAGCUAUAUCUCUAAACGAGCAUAAGUAUUAUUUCCAUGACAAAAUAAUAACAUCCCUUGCAGGGAACAAAAAUGAAAUUCAUUUUUUAUCAUCAUCGCAUGAUGGAUACACAAAUAUAUACGAUAUAAGACUAAACAAAUUACCUGUAUAUACAAUUGAGAGUGAAGACAAGUCGAAAGUUCUUUCAAGUACGUGGUUUUACAAGGAAGAUCAUAAUUCUGUCAUAAAUGCGAACGAACAAAAUUUGACAAUACAUAAUUUUUAA